AUGGCCACUCUAGGUAUGGCAGCCGAAGCGGCGGCGACGACCCCGUGGAAGAAGAAUCUCUCUGCAACCCUCUGCUGCCCUGAAUGCAAGGAAGUGCCUCCCAACCUGGAAUUCCCAGACUCCCAUGAAACCGUCUGUGGCUCCUGCGGCUUGGUUCUUGCCGAUCGCGAAAUCGAUAUGCACUCCGAGUGGCGAACCUUCUCGAACGAUGAUCAGAAUAAUGACGAUCCGUCCCGUGUUGGAGAUGCCCCAAACAGCCUUCUGAACGGAGCUCAGCUGGAGACUACCAUCGCCAGUGGAGCUACUGGUCGUUCCCGCGAUCUUUACCGUGCUCAGAACAAGCAGUCGAAUGAGAAGUCCAACAAGGCGCUGCUGGCUGCAUACAAGGAGAUCGGUGCUCUCUGCGACGGUUUCAACAUCCAGAAGAACGUUGCAGAUACAGCCAAGUAUCUCUUCAAAGUUGUGGACGAUGCAAAGGCCUUCAAGGGUAAAUCCCAGGAAGUGAUUAUUGCUGGUUGUAUCUUCAUCGCGUGCCGUCAGUGCAAGGUCCCCCGAACCUUCACUGAGAUCUUCGCUGUGACCAAGGUCACUCGCAAGGAGAUUGGCCGCAUCUACAAGUCUCUUGAAAAGUUCUUCACAACUCAGAACAUUGAGCGCAACAAGGCUUCUGGCGGUGCUGGAGAUUCGACUGAUAACUACACGGCUACUACCUCGACUAAACCUAGCGACCUCUGCAACCGUUUCUGCAACCUGCUCGAUCUUCCAUACUCUGUCACCAGCGUCUCUGCUUCGCUUUCUGACCGUGUCACAGCCAUGGGUGACCUUGCUGGUCGUUCUCCCCUGUCCAUCGUGGCUGCCUGUAUCUACAUGGCUUCGUACCUUAUGGGUCACAGCAAGUCUGCCAAGGAGAUCUCUCUGGUUGCCCACGUUAGUGACGGAACCAUUCGAGGCGCCUACAAGCAGCUGUAUGCUGAGCGUGAGCGUUUGGUUGACAAAGAAUGGAUCAAGGACGGCAGGGGUGAUAUGUCUAAGCUCCCUGUGAGCUAA